CGCUUAGGCGCCAUGUUGUGAGCGGAAGUGGGGGAGCGCGCGGCGGCUGCUAUUCUGCUGGGAGCGGGCGCGGGAACCGGCGGCGGGGGGCGGAGCUGUAGUCCCCGCGGCGGAAGGAGGAGAGGAAGAAAGGGGCGAGACCCGGUGCCGGGCAGCAGCGCGAGGCUCUCGCUUGGCGCGCGGGCGUCUCCAGCUGGGCGCGCGGUGUUCGAGGGUCGGUGUCGACGCCGAGCCCUUGCCAGGGGAGCCGCUGCUACUGCUGCUGCCGCCGCCGCUGCCGUGGGGCUCGGGCGGCGACUGAGUCGGGCCGGCCGCGGGGCGGGUGGGGAGGGAGGAGGCGGUGAAGGCGGUGGGCCGGGGGGGAAGAUGCCGCUGGCGCAGCUGGCGGACCCGUGGCAGAAGAUGGCUGUGGAGAGCCCGUCCGACAGCGCUGAGAAUGGACAGCAAAUUAUGGAUGAACCUAUGGGAGAGGAAGAGAUUAAUCCACAAACUGAAGAAGGCAGUAUCAAAGAAAUUGCAAUCACACAUCAUGUAAAGGAAGGACAUGAAAAGGCAGAUCCUUCCCAAUUUGAACUUUUAAAAGUAUUAGGGCAGGGAUCAUUUGGAAAGGUUUUCUUAGUCAAAAAAAUCUCAGGCUCUGAUGCUAGACAGCUUUAUGCCAUGAAAGUAUUGAAGAAGGCCACUUUGAAAGUUCGAGACCGUGUUCGGACAAAAAUGGAGCGUGAUAUCUUGGUAGAAGUUAAUCAUCCUUUUAUUGUCAAGUUGCAUUAUGCUUUUCAAACUGAAGGGAAGUUGUAUCUUAUUUUGGAUUUUCUCAGGGGAGGAGAUUUGUUUACACGCUUAUCCAAAGAGGUGAUGUUCACAGAAGAAGAUGUCAAAUUCUACUUGGCUGAGCUUGCACUUGCUUUAGACCAUCUACAUAGCCUGGGAAUAAUCUAUAGAGACUUAAAACCAGAAAACAUACUUCUUGAUGAAGAAGGUCACAUCAAAUUAACAGAUUUUGGCCUAAGUAAAGAGUCGAUUGACCAUGAGAAGAAAGCAUAUUCUUUUUGUGGAACUGUGGAAUAUAUGGCUCCAGAAGUAGUUAAUCGUCGAGGUCAUACUCAGAGUGCAGACUGGUGGUCUUUUGGUGUGUUAAUGUUUGAGAUGCUCACUGGUACACUGCCCUUCCAAGGAAAAGAUCGAAAAGAAACAAUGACUAUGAUCCUUAAAGCUAAACUUGGGAUGCCACAGUUUUUGAGUCCUGAAGCCCAGAGUCUUUUACGAAUGCUUUUCAAACGAAAUCCUGCAAACAGAUUAGGUGCAGGACCAGAUGGAGUGGAAGAAAUUAAAAGACAUUUAUUUUUCUCAACAAUAGAUUGGAAUAAACUAUACAGAAGAGAAAUUCAUCCACCUUUUAAACCUGCAACUGGCAGGCCUGAAGAUACAUUCUAUUUUGAUCCUGAGUUUACUGCAAAAACUCCCAAAGAUUCACCUGGCAUUCCACCUAGUGCUAAUGCACAUCAGCUUUUUCGGGGGUUUAGUUUUGUUGCUAUUACCUCAGAUGACGAAAGCCAAGCUAUGCAGACAGUUGGUGUGCAUUCAAUUGUUCAGCAGUUGCACAGGAACAGUAUUCAGUUUACUGAUGGAUAUGAAGUGAAAGAAGAUAUUGGAGUUGGCUCCUACUCUGUUUGUAAGAGAUGUAUACAUAAAGCCACAAACAUGGAGUUUGCUGUAAAGAUUAUUGAUAAAAGCAAGAGAGACCCAACAGAGGAAAUUGAAAUUCUUCUUCGUUAUGGACAGCAUCCAAACAUUAUUACUCUAAAGGAUGUAUAUGAUGAUGGAAAAUAUGUGUACGUAGUGACAGAACUUAUGAAAGGGGGUGAAUUGCUGGAUAAAAUUCUUAGACAGAAAUUUUUCUCUGAACGAGAGGCCAGUGCUGUCCUGUUUACUAUAACCAAAACUGUUGAAUAUCUUCAUGCUCAAGGGGUGGUUCACAGAGACUUAAAACCUAGCAACAUUCUUUAUGUGGACGAAUCUGGCAAUCCAGAAUCUAUUCGAAUUUGUGAUUUUGGCUUUGCCAAACAGCUAAGAGCAGAAAACGGUCUUCUCAUGACACCUUGUUAUACUGCAAAUUUUGUUGCACCAGAGGUUUUGAAACGACAAGGCUAUGAUGCUGCUUGUGAUAUAUGGAGUCUUGGUGUCCUCCUCUAUACAAUGCUUACUGGUUACACUCCAUUUGCAAAUGGCCCUGAUGAUACACCAGAGGAAAUACUGGCACGCAUCGGCAGUGGAAAAUUCUCACUCAGUGGUGGUUACUGGAAUUCUGUUUCAGAUACAGCAAAGGACCUGGUGUCAAAGAUGCUUCAUGUGGACCCUCAUCAGAGAUUGACUGCUGCCCUUGUGCUCAGACACCCUUGGAUAGUCCACUGGGACCAACUGCCACAAUACCAACUAAACAGACAGGAUGCACCACAUCUGGUAAAGGGUGCCAUGGCAGCUACAUAUUCUGCUUUAAACCGUAAUCAGUCACCAGUUUUGGAACCAGUAGGCCGCUCUACUCUUGCUCAGCGAAGAGGUAUUAAAAAAAUCACCUCCACAGCCCUGUGAAGUGACCUCAGUGAAAUAUUUGGUACCAUGGUGUAAGCUGAUAGCACAAGUUCUGGCGACAGGUAGCACAUAUCUGAGAGACACCUGCAAGCACACACUGUCCCAGCUGGUACCCAUAAUGCUGCUGCUCCUGCUGCUGCUCCCGCUUUCAUCUCUUCUCGCUUUACAUGAUUGUUAGCAAGUUAGAUUUUCCUGGAGCUUCGGAUGAAAUGGAAAUGGAAACAUGAUGAAGAUAUAUUCACUGAAUCAAUAAGAAGAAGAAUGAACAUAUGAAUACCACCUAAAAAUACACUGAAUAAAGUACUCUACACCAUAUAGCAUUAUUUUUAUAGAAAAUAUUUCAUGUCCCUUAAAUAUUCUUUGUUAGUUAUAGGGAUGGACAGUUUAUGUUAAGCACUUAGCUUAAACAAUCCGUUUAUAUUAGCACUGUAUCCCUUGUGCCAUCCAACAUUUUGUAUGUUUUUGUAAACAGUUCAUAUACAGUACAUUUCUGUACUGCUUUCUUUAAUGUAUACAUGCCUUGUUUAACUUGGAAUCUUUUAUUAAUAAUGAAUUGACUAUUAAAUCUGGUUAAAUAGUUCACCUGGAUUAACAGUAUUGUUGGACAGCGCUAAAAAUGGCCAGAUUAUAGAACAGCUGUUGAAUGUAAUACUUCCAAAAUGUACAUAUCUUUCCCCAUGUCUGUUUCACUGGGUCGUUCGUUUGUUUGUUACUUAAAGUCGGGUGCUCUGUCAGACUAACCUGUAGAGCUGUUACGGUAGAGAAAGUUAUAUGUCUGUGGCAUGACAUCAAGAGUACACCUAUGAAGUUAGUUCAUAUACUUUGUUUCUUUAGUGUUCUUUUUUUUUAAUUAAGGAAGUAGUUGUUGCACUUUUAAUCUUAAAUAGUGUCCAUUCUUAAAAUUGGCAUAUAAUUUGGAAUUUUGCCAAUAUACAUCAAAGGCCUGUGGUGGAGAAAUUGGCCAAGGAAAUUUUAGCAACAGGUCAUUCAAGUCCCAGUGGAUAUUUCAUGUUUAAGUAGAUCAAAUUACAGAAUUUAGCAUAUGAAUAACAAGAUACCUGUUCUUGUAUACCUGUGAGAAAAGUAUGCUUUUUUGGAAAAACAGUAAAUGAGUUCUAUCCCAUUAUGAUGCUUUAUAUUAAAUACUAAUUUGAGUGUAAUAAAAGCCACAGGCCUCUAUAUGAAACUGGAUUAAAACUUUCUUAUUCUAGGGAAUAAAACAUUCUUGAUCAAACAAUAUCUGUUCUAACCUAAAAUGAUAGCUAAGGUAGAUUAAGUGAAUAUCUAGCAUUGAGUGUUUUCUGAAUUUCUCCUGAUGAUUUAUAGCUGUGUAGUACUUCCUUUAACUUCAGAUAUAAUCACUUUUCAUAAUGGUCACUGAGUCUGCUUAGAUUACAGUAUUAUCUACAUCUAAUGUAGUAGUUUCCAUAAUUUUAUUUGAUUAAAGAAAUUUCUGUAUCCAUUAUGACCUGUAUCUUUGCCAAGUUACCUAGCAUACAUCAAUAUGUAAUAUUGAAAACAUAUGAGCAAGGAUAAAGUAAUUUAACUUACCUCAUCAAGAAUGUGCCCAAACAGAUCUUCCUUCAUCAUGUAUUAAGCCAUUUACAUCAGAAAUCAUUUUCCUGCCAGAAACUUUAAAUCUUUCACUUGAGAGUACAAAGCCAAGAAAGCGUGGCUUGUCUAUCUUAGAAGCACUUAUUAUUCCUUAAUUUCUCAUGUAUGCAAUUAAAGAGAAAGGCAAAAUCUAUAACAUUCCUUUUGCCCAAGUGACCCAAAAUGGUUAUUGCAUAGAAAUCAAAUGUAAGUUUAUCUUCUAAAAAAUGUGUAAGAGGAGGGAUUUCAGAAGAUCCAGAUGGAGAAUUUUUUAAAUUCUUGAAUAUGUAGAUGCUUUUCAUUGCCCAGAAAGAAAACUUCUUUCUUCCUUUCUUUUCUUCCUUCCUUCCUUCCUUCCUUCCUUCCUUCCUUCCUUCCUUCCUUCCUUUCUUCCUCCCUCCCUCCCUCCCUCCCUCUCUCUCUCUCUCUUCUUUCUUUCUUCUUUCUUUCUUUCUCUCUCUCUCUCUCUCUCUCUCUCUCUCUCUCUCUCUCUCUCUCUCUCUCUCUCUCUCUCUCUCUCUCUCUCUCUCCUUUCUUUUCAGUGUCUUAAACCCCAGUCAUCCCAAAUUCUUGUAGCUUUUAAAAUGUUAAUGUAAAUCUGGGCAUAUAUUCUCAGAUUUUUUACACUGAUGCUAUUCCAUAAUUGAUUAGGUGUAUUUUCCCAUUGUAGUCUUUUAGAAUCAGAAGUAAAUGUGUAAACCCUUAUAAGUCAUCUAGUCCAACUUUCGCGUAUUGCAUGUAAAGAACCUGUGACCCAAAGCAAAGACUAGAAUUCUUAACUUUCCAUUUAGUUUUUUCCCCCCAUAACACCAUGCUGCCUUCCCUUCAGGUUAUCAGCCAAUCAGAAGCUGAGUUAUUCAAAAACUGCAUAUUUCUUGGGACACUCCUCUACUGGUAUAUGAACUCAAGUUUAUUGCUUUCAAAGAUAAUUCCCUUCGUUGCCUAGUCCAACUGCCAGUUUUGUUGGAAAAAAGCAAGUUAUAUGUUCACAAAACUGAAGGCUUUCUGCCUAAAAAGCAGUUCGUGAGCAUAAUUUAUUGUAUCUGUGGUUCUGGUGUUCGUAUUGCCUUUGAUUUACAGCAGACAAACUUGGCCAACAGUGUGCUCUACAUGUAGUGCUUGUGCUGGGCUAACAUUUCCAUCAAUUUCUUCACCUCCAUUUCCUCCAGGCCCCUAUAGUUGUGGUAGUGAGGCCUUCACCAGUUAGUGUCGCUGCUUCCCAGGCUUCUCCCAGGAGAUUUUAGUUCAAUCUUAAAGAUACUUCAAUGUGAAAGAAGGAACUAAACUAUCAGGCUACUUUCACAAACCUCCUCUUAGCUUAUAAUUAAAAAUAAUAUCCUAAAUGGUAGGUUGCAUUUAGCAUUGCCAAGCGUAUACUGGAAAAUACAGAUUAUACUACCAUGUGUUUUGUAUCUUCCCUUGCAAAUGCUGAUAUUAAACUAAGGUAAGUUUUUGUCCUUUUAAUUUUUUUAUAUAAAUUAUUUCCACUCCCUCUAAUUUAUAGAGUUGAUGUCUUCUUUUAAGUACAAUAGACCCUUGUGUGUAACAGAUUUGAUAUGGAUUCAUUUAUUCAUAAGCAACCCCAAAAGUCCAAAAGUGUAGUAAUGUUUGACAAGGCAGAGUCGAGAUGCUGUGACGCUGACAUGUGGGAAAAGUCAACUUAGAGUCUGGAGAGGGUGUGGUGUGUGUAUGGCAAGAGAUUCCACAUUUCCCUCGUGGUGGGCUGCAAAGAGCAAGUUUGGGUCAACCAUUUCCCAUCUGUUUUUAAGAAGUGGUAUGGGCCAGGAGACAUCAUGGGAGGUGGGAUUGGCCUGUUACCUGUGCCUUGCACCCUCGGCCCAGGAAAGACUUGAAGGGGUAGAGGGGUGCAAAGGCUUCAUGAAUAGACAGAAUAGUUUGUGUAGGAAAGGGGCGGGGAUAGGUCCAGCCUGAGAGCAGAAAAACAUUCAAGAUUUGGGGGCCUUGGUACAGAUAUACUUAAUGACCAUGGAAGCCAGCAAUACACAUGUCAAUAUGACUGACAUUCUCUAUUUCCUGGCUUUUAUUAUAAAUGUCCUAAAAUUUUUCAGUUUUCUUAACUGUAUUUUAUAGAGAAAAUUCUCUCUUAACGAUGGUAUCAAGCACUUGAGAUUUAUGAAGACAUUAGGACAGAUAUCUCAGGAAUGUAAAGGGUCAGAAAAGGUCUGUUUUGUGUGAUUAACAAAUCCGAUGGGUUUCAUGGCUGACCCUUGGUGCUUAAACCAGGAGGUUCCAAUCUAAUUUUAGAGUUCUGUCCCUCUGAAAGGUCCAACUCCAUGUGACUAACGAACUGGAUGUAUACUUUGAGCCUUAUUUAAUUCACAAAGAGGUUGACUUACCUCUAUUUUUAUUUCAACAAAUGAAAAUAGCCCUCUUUUCACCUCCAGAUUGCUUACAUGUUGCUGGUCUCCCCAAGUGACCAUUGGUGGAGACCAAUUAAUGAAGGAAUGAAAUUCACUUUCUUGGGACUGUGGUAUUCUGCAGAGCCAAGCUUAACCACUUUUUCUAGUGAAGAAUCUACAGAGUGAUAAUACCUAAGUAUGGAUGGCCAAGAAGAAUUUAUAUCUACAGUGUGCUUUAUGUAUUUUUGACACUGCUGUAUUCUGUGUGAUCGAGUGACUUGUAACUGGUUCCAAUGUGAGUGUUCUCAAAGAAUCCUAGUAAUUAAGUUGACUUAAUUUUCUUAAGCCUUGUAUUGCUAUUAGUCUCACAUUUACCACUUUGAUUCCAGUCUUUUAACUGUUCAUAACAGGGCAUACCAAGGGUUGGGAUAAGAGCCUACUUCCUACCUCUUAAGGCACUUUCCUCAUUAUUUUUCCAUGUAACCUUGAAGUGCAUGAUAAGCUGUUUAAAUGUCCAUGACUUCUCCCAGAGCAACUAGCAAAGUAUAUGACAUUGAAUAGAGAUUAGUGGAAAGGAAAAUUUAGAAACUAAGUUCAGAGGUUCAAACCUCAAGAAAACCUCUUUAGAGCACAUACCAUUUGAGUACAAUAUACGUAAACGUAUGUGAGAGGAGAGUUGCUGUAAUAGUCCUCUAAGUAGAUUAGUUCAUUAUCUAAUGGAAGUGAAAAUCUUUACUCCUAUUAUCACUAUAGUACUGAAUGAACUGUAUACUGAGUUUUUCAAACAAGUAUUUAAAGUAGAACUUUUAAAUACCAAGCAAGGGCAUAAGGAUAAAGGUUUGGGUUUGUGUUCCUCUAAGUGUAGUGUUCCAUCUAAAGCUUUGUUUUUUAAUCGAAAAAUGCUUCAAGGUAUUGCCAUUUCUUAGCAUUCUUAAUAAUUAUGGGUGAUGAGUUUUUAAUUCUUAAAAUUAUGUAUGUGUAUUAGGUUUAUCUUAAAUGUUACCCUACGCAGAAGGGAAAGUAUACACCUAAGGGAUGUAAUUAUUUUGCAUUUUUGGGUGGGAACGGGGUGGGCAUCUACUUAGAUAGUUUUUAAAAAAAAAUCACAAGUAUUUUUCUACUAUUAUAUAUCAUCUUACUUUCUACUAGUUUCUCUCUAGUAAGGCAUGCCAGAAGCCCGAGGUACCAUAUCAUGAGUUCUUAUGUAUUGUACCUUUUAUUGGUGGUUAAAUCAUAUCAGAUGCUUGGCACUGCUGCCAUAAUUAUGAAAUGCUUGUAAAGGAUUACAUAUCACUGAAUACUUUAAAUUGUUUUACUUAAGAGUCUAAUCUGGGGAAGUUUUCAAAUCAUACUAUUAAUGUGUAAUCUAAGCUCUUUCAGAUGUAUCCAUGAAUAAUCCUGGAACAAUAUUGCUUGUAUUCCUGUCACAGAACAGGUUUUGUAAUCUUUAAAAGAAACGAAAAUUUAUAUAAUAAAGUUUCAAACAAAUG